UUGCACAAAUUUCAGCCGUGAACUGUUUCGAUGCAAAACCAUUAGAUUUGUCGUCGGUUGUGAUGACCAUUGUGUAAAGCUAAAAUUUUUAAAAUUAUAUUUCUCGAGCUUCGUGCACCCUUUUCUCGUAUAACUGCGGAAGAUGGGAACAACUUAAGAAGGGUUAGGUUCUGUCGUGUACCCAGCUUCUUCUUCUUCCCCGACACACCUUUAAACUGAUGUGACACCUUAGCAGUCUCCAUGGCAAGGUGCGAGGUCGUCGCCGGCGCCCGGUUGUCUCCAUUCUCCACCGCCGGUAUUCGCCGGAGGCUUUUGGAAGCCGUGCUAUGCGGCGCAACAACCCACCGCCGGAAAAAGGAAGUAGAAACACCCCGCAGCAAUCCACCCCCUCCGGAAGAGGAGAGACAGUUCGAAAAGCUGUCCGAGCUUCUUCAAGAAGAAGCUCGAGAGUCACGGAGGAGAGAAGAAGCCGAAAAGAAGCGAAAGAUCGAAGCUUUCGAAGAAAUGCAGGGCGUCGUGAUGAGUCUGCAGGAAACAGGGGAAGGCCGUGAUGGCCGGCGAGCUGAUGCGGCCGCGGAGGUGCGAAGAUUAGCAAAGAAUAACCCAGAGGCCCGGCAGACGCUCGCAAUGCUCGGCGCCAUUCCUCCACUCAUCGGAUUGCUCGAUGCGGAAGACUCCGAUUCCCAUAUCUCUGCUCUCUACGCGCUCCUCAAUCUCGGAAUCGGCAAUGACGAGAACAAAUCGGCCAUAGUGAAAGCUGGAGCGAUUCACAAAAUGCUGACGGCGGCGGCGAUCGUCGCCGUUUUUCUCUGCCUCAGUGCUUUGGAUGCCAACAAACCCAUCAUCGGAGCUUCCUCCGGCGCGAUCCCCUUCCUGGUGAAUUUUUUCCGCGAUCCUAACCUCAACAUUAACUCCACCCAAUCCAAAGAUGACGCCUUGCGGGCUCUUUUCAACCUCUCGAUCUCUUCUUCAAACGCUGACCGGCUAAUCGACGCCGGCCUCGUUUCUUCUCUCAUCUCCGCAGUCAGCGAGGAUACUAAUAUCAGUGAGCGGGCUCUCGCCGUGCUUUCCAACCUAGUCGCCGCAUCGCCGGAGGGCCGGCGAGCUGUGAGCUGCACCUCCGACGCGUUUUCGGUUCUGAUCGACGUGCUGAACUGGAGCGACGAGCCAGGGUGUCAGGAGAAAGCGGCGUACAUUCUGAUGGUGAUGGUGCACAAAUCGAGAGGCGGUGAACGAGCGGCGAUGGCGGCGGCGGGGAUCACAUCAACAUUGCUUGAGCUCGCGCUGGUUGGGAGCGCGCUCGCGCAGAAGCGAGCAUCGCAGAUUUUGGAGAUGCUGAAUGAGGAGAAGGGGAAGGGGGUUUCGAAGAGGAUGGUAGCGGUGUCGGCGCCGAUUGAUUCCGCCAUCGGCGGCCGGAUUAUAUCGGCGGCGGCGGCGGCGGCGGCGGCGGUGGAGGAGGAAAAGGGGAUGAAUGAGGAGAGGAGGGCUUUGAGGAGGUUGGUGGUGCAGAGCUGGCAGAGCAACAUGCGGCGGAUUGCGCGGCGAGCUAAUCUCCCGCAGGAUUUUGCAUCUUUGGAUUCUUUUCGUGAACUGACGGCAUCUACCUCUAAGAGCCUGCCAUUCUAGCUGAUGCGACGGAGUGCUGCGGUUGAAGGAAGAUGGGCGGCAGGAGUUUCAGAGUUUUUUUUUUUUUU